CCCUUCACCAAGACACCCCUGCACCCCUCGGCGGCCGGAGCACCCGGGGCCAUCUCAGUGUACCCAGGCAGCAGCAUGUCCAGCACCGCCUCCGUGUCUUCACUCACCCCGGCCUCACACUCCGGCUCCCACCUCUUUGGCUUCCCCCCGACCCCUCCCAAGGAAGUGUCCCCAGACCCCAACUCCACCAGCGCUGCCUCCCCUUCCUCCUCCGCCGGGGCCCGGCAGGAGGACAAAGACAGCAUCAAGUACCAAGUGUCGCUGUCGGAGGGGAUGAAGAUGGAGAGCGCCAGCCCGCUCAGAAGCAGCCUCACCAGCAUGGGGGCCCAGCCCUCCACCCACCACCCCAUUCCUGCUCGGACUGUUUUGACUUCUGGAAAAUGCCUAAAGGACAAUGCAAAAAGCUUUUGUGAAUUUGUUUUUAAAGAAAGAAAUCCGGUUUCUUCGUGUUUCCAUUUAGAAGGCAGAGAGUGUGUGAACUGUGGAGCAACUGCCACCCCUCUCUGGAGAAGAGACGGCACCGGGCAUUACCUGUGUAACGCCUGCGGGCUCUACCACAAAAUGAAUGGUCAAAACCGACCUCUCAUUAAACCUAAGCGAAGGCUGUCAGCGGCUAGGAGAGCAGGGACUUGUUGUGCCAACUGUCAGACAACCACCACGACCUUAUGGCGACGUAAUGCAAACGGGGACCCAGUUUGUAAUGCCUGCGGACUCUACUAUAAAUUGCACAAUGUGAAUAGGCCUCUGACUAUGAAAAAGGAAGGAAUUCAGACCAGGAAUAGGAAAAUGUCCAACAAAUCAAAGAAAAGCAAGAAAGGCUCCGAGUGUUUUGAGGAACUGUCCAAGUGCAUGCAGGAGAAAUCGUCUCCCUUCAGCGCUGCUGCCCUUGCUAGUCACAUGGCGCCCAUGGGGCAUUUGCCACCUUUCAGCCACUCUGGACACAUCCUACCAACACCUACCCCCAUCCACCCAUCUUCCAGCAUCUCAUUUGGACAUCCGCACCCAUCCAGCAUGGUUACAGCCAUGGGAUAAAACCUGAUGACCAAGAGACCCACCCAGAGAUUAAGAACAUGGGGCUUUGCCUAAGACGACACCAAGUAAGAAAAUGUUCUGCCAAGAGGAGAAUGUAGGGACGGCAAAAGGGGAUCUCUGCUCCCAUGUGGUUUAACUCUUAAUUAAUGCUGGACUAAAACCUUGCAAAUGAUGGGUCUUCUGCAGAAACGUGUAGUGGUGCCUGUAAUGCACUUUGUCCCCUCAGGUAUAAGGAAAAAGAACUCGCCUGUUUGAUACUUAAUGGUCCAGCAGGAAGCAAAAGGUGGCAGAAGCUGAAGGAAAAGGCUUGGAACUGGCUUUCCUUUCUCUCUUUUUGUUAUUACUGUGAAUAUUGUAAAGAGAUAUUAGCAGCCUCCCAGGAUGGAAUCGGCUCACUGGAAGCCAGACAUGCUGGAUUUCUAUCGCGGACUUUGUUUGGGAUGGGGAAAAAAGGAGAGGAGAAAAAAAAAAAAAAAAAAAAGAAAAGGACAUCUUUAUAAAAUCAUAAUUUUUAAAACUAAAUCAGACACAAUGUCAUAUUUAUUUUGCUCUUGUUUUCCACAAAAAGCCUCAACCCCUCUGAUUGCAUGUUUUUGUGCUGUUGUUUUUUUGCAAUGGCUACCCUGUAAGAAAACCUGCCUUCAAAACAA